UUUGGCGCACGUGAGAGUGAAAUCCCGGACAUUGACCUUGGUGAGCCAGAAAUGGACCACCGAAUUCGUCGUGAUAGCGAUGGCGAGCGCCGUGUGACUGUGGACAAGCAAGCGGACACUGAUCCUGGACAUCAUGGUGAAGAGGACGAGUCUGACAUGAGUCGUGAGGAACUUGCAAAACACCGCAAGUUUGAGGAGAUGCGCAAGAAGCACUAUGAGAUGAAGAACAUCAAGAACCUACUGGGCCAUCCCGAGCAACUCGAUGCGCUGGAAGACGACGAUGAAGAUAUGCAAUCGUGACGGAUGACACGGCACUCAUGACUUGACGAAAGCCGUUACUAUUUGGCGAGGUAAACUGACCGCCAAUGAAGCAUUCAGCAUAGGCGUUUAGAGAAGCAUGACCUGGAGUAGGGAUAUGGAAGAUUUGGCCAGCCUGUAUACACAAACACCUUUCAGGCUUGGCGCUGCAUGUAAGGCAAGGCGCUGGCAACGGAAGAUUGGGUAGCACGAAAUCUUUUCGGCACCAUGACAUGAACACACGAUCCGAAAACAAACAACAUGAUUGAUAGCUACGCUACGAACGAAGAAGGAAUCUUACCACCAAUAGGAUAUCAUCGCGCGUACCGCGCAUGCUCAGCAAAUACCAAUUUGGCCUUUUGCAUGAUCACCCUGGGAUUACAGGAACAUGUUAUCAUCUUCCUGAGUUUCUACAGGCUCGUUUACCUGCAGCAUCGGUCGGCAUAAGAAAGUGUAUGCAGUCCGGGAAGGACUCAGCAGGCUGCACGACCCAUGUCCAUUACUUCACUGUGCUGAGGAAUACUCUUAUGCCGCGUCUAAGCAGUCCACGAGCACCUUUAAUCCUAGUGUGGUACCGUUGUGGUAUCUCAGAGCAUGUCUGGCAGCUGUUCGCUUACGUGCAGCACAUCUCGGCAUGUGAACAGACAACCAUGCGAAGAGGAAGUCCAAUAAUGAGAGCAGCAGAGAAAUACCACUUGAAAUCUUCUUCUCAUUGGCAGCCGCAAGCUCCACGCUCCGCUAUGCAAUCUGGCAUUCAUUCCGCUUCUUCUUACAAACUAAACCUCGUCCUG